CUCCUUCAGCUGUCAUUCCUCCUCAAGUCCUUUCGAGGUUGACUGUCGUGUCUGCCGGCCAGCAUGGGUCUAAUCACUGGAGUCUGUACUUUCUUGUACCACCUUCCUCAGAUUUACAAAUGGCUGCUGAAACCGUAUUAUAUCACGUCGACUCUCAUGACCGUUGCCUUCCUGCUGGUGCGAAAGGCUCCCGGUCUGUGCGAGCACCUGGCGACCCAGCGGGAGGACGGCAACUCCUGCGACUUUGACUGGAGAGAGCUGGAGAUUCUCAUGUUUCUCAGUGCAAUAGUGAUGAUGAAGAACAGGAGAGCGAUCACGCUGGAGCAGCACAUAGGCAACUUGUUCCUGUUCAGUAAAGUGGCAAACGUCAUCCUCUUCUUCAGGCUGGACAUCCGGCUCGGCAUCCUUUACCUCGCUCUGUGUGUCGCGGUCGUCAUGACCUGUAAGCCUCCCGUCUACAUGGGCCCCGAGUACAUCAAGUACUUCAGUGACAAGACCAUAGAUGAGGAGCUGCAGAGAGACACUCGCAUCACCUGGAUUGUUGAAUUCUAUGCCAACUGGUCGUCUGAAUGCCAGUCUUUUGCUCCUGUCUUUGCCGACCUUUCACUCAAGUACAACUGUGCUGGACUCCGGUUUGGGAAGGUCGACAUCGGACGCUAUGGAGAGGUUUCAGAGAAGUACAAGGUUAGUACUUCUCCGCUGGCCAAGCAGCUGCCCACACUGAUGCUUUUCCAAGGUGGGCGGGAACUUAUGAGACGUCCAAUGGUGGACAAUAAAGGCAGAGCUGUGUCUUGGACCUUCAGUGAUGAGAACAUUAUCCGGGAGUUCAACCUCAAUGAGCUUUUCCAAAAAUCCAAGAAGCUGAAGAAAAGUCUUGGUUUCAUAGAGCAAAACGACAAUCAGCCAGAGGAGGGCAGCGACGAGCUCCAACCUGAAACAGACGACCUGGAAGAGCCCACAGAGAGCAAGAAAGACCAGUGAGGAGGAGGAUGAUUCAGAGAGGGUCUGCAUGAAGUCUUUCCUUUGCUUCUGACAUUGCCAUGCCUUACAUUACUGCAAAAGUCCAGAAUUCAAGGAAGAAAGAAGGAAGCAAGGGUUGAACUACUACUUGAUGUCAUGUCUACACAAGUCUUUACAGAUUAAUACCAAAAAAAAGUGACUGGGUAUGAUGCAGUGUGGGUUGAAUAGCUAUGCAAAAGAUAUGCAAUGAUUUUUGGGACAUUUUAUUACAUUUAUUAAGUUAUGUGAGAACAAAUGCCUUUUUUGUAAUUGUUUUUUGGCUACCAUGAUCACUGCAUGUAUGUUUUUGCUGCUUGUAUUUUGCAACUAAUGUGUGAUGUCUCCUGUUUCAAAAAAGCCAAAGUUGAAAACAUAAAUAAAAGAUCGUGUGCACAGUAAAGAGUCACA